AUGAUGAGUGUACUGAAAGCCGAAGAUGGAACACGUCUCACCAAACGUUUCGAUAUGGAACGCCGAGUACAAGAAUAUUACACAUCACUGUUCGCCUCGAAAUCAGUAGUACCACUCGUUGAAGACAAUCGCGAAGAAGAAGAAAUACCGCAAAUCCUUAUAUCCGAAGUUCGAACAGCUGUACAAAACCUUAAAGCUGACAAAGCGCCUGGUCCCGAUGGUAUCACGAACGAAGCACUCAGAGCUGGUGGAUACGAACUGUGGAAGAUAAUCACCAAACUAUUCAACGAAUGUUUAGAGAUUGAAGACAUACCGACACAGUGGAAGCAGUCGUCGACUAUUAUCAUUCCGAAGAAGGGUGACCGUGAAGAUCUAAAGAACUACCGACCCAUCGCGCUUCUCCGAACGAUUUACAAACUCUUCACUAAAGUGUUGGUCAACCGAAUGACUAGACAGUUAGACGAACAACAACCACGUGAGCAAGCAGGCUUUCGUAGUGGCUUCUCAACGAUUGAUCAUCUUCAAGUGAUUAAUCAAGUCCUGGAACGUACUAGGGAAUGCAAGAUCCCACUGUGUAUGGUCUUCGUUGACUACGAGAAGGCCUUCGACUCUAUUGAGAUAAACGCCGUCAUCAACGCAUUAGUCCGACAAAAUAUACCAAAAAAAUAUAUCCGAACGCUCCUGAACAUCAACACUGACUGCUCAACGUCAAUCAGACUGUUCAACAACAACAUCACAGUCCCAAUCAACAGAGGUGUGCGUCAAGGCGAUACUAUCUCUCCGAAGUUAUUCACCGCAGCCCUCGAAGACGUUUUCCGAACGCUUAACUGGGAAAAUCGAGGUAUCAUGGUUGAUGGAGAACCUCUCACUCAUCUUCGCUUUGCCGAUGAUAUCGUUCUCUUCGCCUAUGAUGCGAAAACCGCAGCAGAAAUGCUGAAAGAACUCAACGAAGCAAGCGCUCGAGUUGGUCUCAGAAUAAAUAGGGCCAAGACCCAAGCGAUGAAAAAUGAACAAUGUGCCAGUGAAACCAUCAAGCUAGACGACGAUACCAUCCUAUUCGUAAACAAAUAUACCUAUCUUGGUCAAACGAUCACACACGACCACAAAGUUGAUGAUGAGAUUCGACGACGACGAAGUGCAGCAUGGUUUCGUUACAAAAACAUAGAAGAAAUACUGAAAAAAACGAAAAACACCACACUACGAGCGCACCUAUUCAACUCUACUAUUCUACCGGUACUCAACUAUGGCUGCGAAGUGUGGACUAUGCGAGAAAGCGAUAAACAAAAACUCCAAACAACCCAAAGAGCUAUAGAACGGCGAGUGCACGGCAUCAAACUAGUUCAGAAAAUUCCGAGCAAUAUCAUUCGCCAACGAACCAAGUUCAAAGACGCUUACAUUGAUGCUCUUCAACGAAAGUUCCGCUGGGCUGGCCAUGUGGCAAGACGUGAAGACAACAGAUGGACAAACCGCACGACCUUUUGGUGGCCAUACAAUUUUCGGAGACCGAGAGGACGA